AUGAGGCAACAAGACUUUCCCGAAACGGACUCGUACUGUCGGAUCCAACAGGCGUUACGUUUUCUCGGGGCCAACAUCACCACAAAGACAGACCCCGAGGACUUACUUAUAGCAUGGGUCGACAAGAGAAACAAGGCGGCGUUCAAUUUCGCUCAGGAAUCCGACCGCGAGCUGAAAGACCAGGCAGCUAGAAGCCUUUGGACAUUCCACGAACUAAAAGUCAUCACCGCGAAGUGGAUGCAGGGGAAGGACGAGGACAGACUUAGAGAGUGUGCGAGCCGGGCGAACUACCAGGCAUGCACCAAGGCGGAAAUGCAGGAAGCAGGCGGUGGCGACGACAUAAACGCAGAAGAGGAAGUGGUGCGAGAUGAUUUGACGGUACGAGUCGGCGAUUCUACAACAUUGGAUUUGAUCACGUCUGUCACCAAGGCUCACAACGCCGCUAUGAAAGCGAACGAGGACGCCACAAACGCCUAUAACGCUGUUGCGCGGAGGACUGCAGAACUGGUCACCAAUCUGCUCCAACAGCCAGACCGUACUGGCCGUCCUGUUGUCAUGCCAGGACGAUACCUCGAGCCCGCCCAGCACCAAUAA